AUGACACCCGGAAGAGAAAAUGUAGCGCCAUUAAAGUUCAGUUAUGAUGAUGAAAUUUCUGAACUUCCCGAUGAUCACGAGUGCAUUCGACAUACGAAGAUCUUCACGAACAUUAUUCACUUGGCUGCGAAGAAUGUCGAUGAACUCGAACCACAAGUAGCCCCUGCAAUCUUCAAAUACGGCGAACGUCACUACAACACAAAAGCGAGUGACCGUAUGACCGAAGAGAAUGUCCGGAUGGUGUGCGCUCAAGUAGUGUGCACGGUAUGCGAUCUGCUCGGUGACGAUGCUCAUCCGAAAAUUGUCGAGGCAUGGAUUGAAAUGAUGAGGUACCUCGGCCGCAAGCUACUUGACGGACACGAAUACGCUAAACUCACCGCCAAGCACCGAAUCAGCAUUAAUCGUAACGAUCAUCAUCUUUUCUUGAUGUUAUGA